AUGGCACGCGUCAAGACAUCAGCGCGUCUUCUUGGGCUCGCCUUCUUUGCCCUGCAGGGCGCUCUGGCGGCUAAAGCUCCGGACAUCACCCACCAGUCCCCAGAGCAUGCGCCGCCCAUUCCCUAUCUCAACCUCAUGGCCUUGUUCACAAUGCCCCAGAAUGUCAGCCACGUUUCAUCCGAAGAGUCAGAUCUCCUGCCCAACCUCUUUGACAAGAGACAACGCGAAGAGGAUGGGAACGGAGGUCUCUUGUGCAAAAAGGGUCCCUGUCCCGACGGAAGUUGCUGCGGCCCUGCGGGAGUAUGUGGUUACGGUGAGGAUUUCUGUGGCGUCGGCUGCAGCAGCAACUGUGAUGCCGUGGCCAUGUGCGGCGAAUUCUCCGACGGAGGAAACACAAAGUGCGGCAUGAACCUUUGUUGUAGUUGGGGUGGAUGGUGUGGAACAUCCAAAGUUCAUUGCAUCGGGCCAAACAAGUUCACACCGUGCCAGGAAGGGUUCGGCUCGUGCGAGAUCAUCCGACCAAAGACAUGCGGCGAGGGCUCUGGAACGACAAAGGGCCGGACCGUUGGGUAUUACCUGGCGUCCAACAGCAGAGACCGUCUCUGCAACCGCAUCUUUCCCAAGGAUAUCAAGGCCGCGGAUUACACCCAUCUCUUCUUCUCCUUUGCAUCCAUCGACCCCAAGACCUUUAAGAUCCGGCCCUGGGAUGACGCCGACAUUCCGCUGAUGAGGGAGUUCACGGCUCUCGAGACGAAUACCUGGAUCGCCGUCGGCGGCUACACAUUUAGCGACGCGGGCGACACGCACACGACUUGGAGUGACGUGUGUUCCACCGCUCAGAACAGGGCCGCCUUCAUCCAAUCGUCGGCUGAGUUCAUGGCUAAGUACGGCUUCACGGGAAUCGACCUAGACUGGGAGUACCCUGUGGAACCUAAGCGGGGAGGCUCCAAGGGAGACACUGAAAACUUCGUUAAGCUCGUCAAGGAGAUGAGAGCGGCCUACGGAACCAAGUACGGUAUCAGUUUGACUCUUGCGCCCGACUAUUGGUAUCUUCGGUACUUUGACGCAGAGGCCAUGCAGCCCUAUGUCGACUUUUUCGGCUUCAUGGCAUACGAUUUGCAUGGGUCCUGGGACUCUGACGUGCAAACUUUGGGAUCUCUGGUGCGUGGCCAGGCAGAUGUGCGAGAAAUCUAUAAUGGUCCCAGCAAGGCGGCCGAGUGCACCCACCAGGACGGCGUCAUGUCGCUCCUGGAGAUCAAGAAGCUCAUCAAGGAGAAGAACCUGACGCCGCGCCUCAACAGCGAGUCGAUGAUGAAAGAGCUCAUCUGGGACGACCAGUGGAUCGGCUACGACGACGAAGAGACACACGAGAUGAAGCGCAAGUUCGCCAACAACCUCUGCUUCGGCGGCACCAUGGCGUGGUCCGUCGACUUCAACUCGGGCACUGGCGACGGCGACAGCGCGCCCGUAUCCACUGACGGACGAUGCGGUCCCGCUGGCGGCGGCUUCAGGUGUGAGGGCAGCACGUUCGGCGACUGCUGUUCGUCGUUUGGAUAUUGCGGAAGCAGCGAGACGCACUGCGGCUCUGGCUGCGUGAGUGGGAAGUGUGUGGAGGGGCAGGAGACGACGGACGGAACCUGCGGCGCGUCGGCGCACGGGGCCUUCUGCGGUCUGUGGCCCCAGGGGAGCUGUUGCUCGUCUUCUGGAUACUGCGGUGAUAGCGAGAGUCACUGCGGUGCGGGCUGCCAGAGCGGCGCCUGUCUCGAUGAGCCGGCCAGUGGCAAGGGCUCGGGGCCCAUCUACAUUGCGCCUGAGGUCUACGAGAGCCCGGACCCGGUCGCGCAGUGCUUCCCGCCGUGCACGCUAAUCAUGCCGCCGUGGUCCCUCGCCAAGCCGACGACCAUCUCCCGCCCCGCCACCACCGUCUCGUAUCUCGACACGUGGGACACGACCGUCGUGACGACCAGCACCGUCAUCUCGCUGCAACCCGUCACCACGACCCUGAUCGAAGUAUGGAACGUGAUAUGGAUCGACGGCGACAACGAGGACGCCAAGACUCGCACUACCGUCGGCCUCACGUCGAGCGUCGACUUCCCGCCAGUUACGCUCACCAGGACCAGGACAGGACAGCCUCCCGUCACCUGGACAUACUCGCCCGGGCCUUGGCCUACCAUUGACUCGACCGACGACAACCCUUUCCCUCCGCCUCCUCCCCCUCCUGCGGGCCAGCCACCAUCUAUCACUGCCGUGAGGGGCCCGCCAAAGCCGACCUGCAAGCCUGGGCAAAAGUGCGGAAGCCUUUGCAAGCACAAUUGCGGCGGUGGAGACGAUGACAACAGUGGCGGCGGCGGUGGUGGUGGUGGUGGUGGUGGUGGUGGUGGAGUUCGCGGGCGUCCUUGCAUUGGCAUCUGCGGCUGCAUUGGCCCCAUCUGCAACACUCCCAAUCGCAACUGCGUUGGCCCGGUCUGUCCACCCGGCAGUGGUGGUGGAGGAGGUGGCGGCGGCGGCGGUGGUGAUCCCAACGAUCCGGAUGAAGAAGACGACGAGGAUGACGAGUGCACCACGAGAACCGUGACCGACCGCUGGGUCUCUUGUGACGCUCAGCGGACAACGGAGUGCACGACUUACUCUACCUCGCUUGUCAGCGAAUGCUCAGCAACAGGCAUAGCAACGACCACCAUAGGCGGAAGCUGCCCAAUACCUACCUAUGACUACGACCUGCAGGAUACACAUGAACAGGUCCCAGUCGGAUACAGCCUCACACAGGGAACAACCGUCUACAAUGGAAGGACUCGGACGACUUACGGGUGGACCUUCAACCCACCAAGCGGCACUAAACCAACCCGCGGGGGCAACGGCAACGGAGGACAGGGCACGCGUACCUCUGCCCAAUCCAGCGAAGGCAUCACUCCACGACCCACCAUUACCUCCACAGCAUACCAUCUCCCAGGCGCGCCCACCCUCGCGACAGUCGAACCGCCUUAUAGCGGCAGCGAGUGCAGCUCGUAUCUGCACACGACCAGGUGCAAUGCCGCUGGCGGCCUGCAGGCUUGCCUGACACAGGAUCUGUGCGUCCCGACCAGGCCCUGCUACUAUACAUACGCUGCAUCGGGCACCCCUUCGUGUUCGGGCGAGUACUCCAUCUGUCUGAGCACCACUAUCUUCACCAGAUGCGGCUUGAUAGGCGCCGUCGCUGCCCGGGCCGACGCGACUCCGGCUCCCUCCCCUAACCCUAACGUCAUCGGCGAUGCGACCGUCACAGCAGCACCAUCGGUUCCGACAUCUGAUCCCAGUCUCAAGCUCGAAGAAGACCAUGAUCGUCAUCAUGCUCAUCAGUCGGCCGAACCAGCCUAUCCUGGCCAUGGCCACGACGAGUCGGCUGAUAACGAACUGGUGGAGUCUGUCCCGAACACCCCUCACAACCAGAGCAGCGCCGCGACGAACGAGUUGAGCCUCAUUUCCGCUCGACAAAACGCCGUCGGCUGUGGCGGCAGCAGCAAUGGUGGAUGCGACUACCUCCGCUUCUGCGCGUCGGGCAUGUGCGCCAAGGCAGAGAAGGUCCCUUGCCUCGAAGCGCGAAUUAAGGCUCAUAUGGGCAUCACUUCCGGUAUCGACCUUGAAGCCACGGUCACGGAAGACGGUGUCCUGAAAUGCAAAGCCACGCGGCAUUGCCCACUACUAUGGGACGACGACUGCGGCGGUGUCGACUCGUUCGACUGCGGCGACGGCAGCACCAUGGGUUUCAAAUACAACUACGUCUCGUACUACAGUAAGAAGUACGACCGCAACUAUCCCAUGUACCUCGAACUGUCCGUGGAUGCGAGGCUGGUUUAUUGCACACAAGACCUUCUCUUUAGGAAGAUUCCGUAUGUGUGUUGGGAGGAUGAGUAUAAGUGGAAGGAUGGGCCUUGUAGGGGUCUUGGUCUCUGA